AUGGAAUUGGUGCUGGGAAUCAUCUCUGAGAAUGGAGAGGAGGAAUUGAAGGAGUUGCUCUCAAAGACAAAUAACUCUGGUGAAACUGCGUUAUAUGUUGCUGCUGAAAAUGAUAAUCUUGAUAUAGUGAAGGAAUUGAUCAAAUAUCAUGAUAUUAGUUUGGCCGGCUUCAAAGCUAAGAACGGAUUUGAUGCAUUCCACAUUGCUGCUAAAAAUGGAAACUUGGAGAUAUUGAAGGUCCUCAUGGAAGCCUUUCCCGAAGUUUCAAAGACAGUCGAUAUGUCAAACACUACUGCAUUGCACACAGCUGCAGCACAAGGUUUUUUUUCCCCAGUAAUGUUUGUUGACCUUGUUUUUAAAUUUUAA